GUGCUGGGGGCAGCGCGCGGCGGGGGAGCCGCCGCGGCGUCGGCGAGCGGCGUCGCCCUGCGGGCCAGCCCGGCCGCCGCCCCCCCCUCCUCCGCCUCCUCCUCCGCCUCCUCCUCCUCGCCGCCGCAGCUGGCGCUGCUCGUGAUGCAGCCGUGCGGCGGCGGCGAGGAGGAGGCGGCGGCGGGGGCGGUGCUGCCGCUCCCGGGCGGUGACCCGCCGCUGCCCGCGGCCGGUAGCGGAGGCCUCAUGUUCUUCUACGAGCUGGGCCCCGGCGACGGCGAGGCCGAGGAGGGCGAGGCGGCGGGCGGCGAGAGCACGGCGUCGCCGGAGGAGCUGGAGGAGGAGGAGGCGGCGGCGGGUGGCGAGGCGGCGGCGGCGGGCGGCGGCUGCAAGAGCUGCACGUACCAGGGCUGCAGCGAGACCACCACGCAGGUGGCCAAGCAGCGCAAGCCUUGGAUGUGCAAGCGGCACCGCAACAAGAUGUACAAGGACAAGUACAAGCGCAAGAAGAGCGACCAGGCGCUGGGGGGCGGCGGGGCGGCCGGCGCGGGCGCGGCGGCCCCCCCACGGGCCGAGGAUUGUGUUGAAGGUUCAGUUUCUGUCACAAAACAGAGAACAGGAUCCAUUGGAGAUCGCCCAGCAAGACCUACUCUUUUAGAGCAAGUAUUAAAUCAGAAGAGGCUGGUGCACGAGGUUGUUUACCUCACAGACAGCUCCCCAGAGUGCCAGCACAGCAUUGCCCGACACACCUUGGCAGCAGCGGCUUUGCAGCAGCAGCAGCAGCAGCAAUGUCGAGACAAAACCACAUGUAGAGAACCGGUCCUCUACACCACCCCGUGUCUCAACAUUGCAGCUUGGCAGCAGGAGAGAGAGAGAGAGAAAGCAAGCAAGCAAGGAAGGAAGGAAGGAAGGAAGAGAGAAUUAGGGACAGGGGGAAGUCACAGGAACAACAUAGGUUUGGAUAAAAAAUAAAGUGCUUAAACAGA